AACGCGAGCUUCGACUGGAAUAAAUGGUUUGUCUCGGGCUUACACACCGCGUGGAUCACCGGGUCACCUGUUGAAGUUGUCUUGCUUUCACACGGGAGGAUCGACUUGGGACAGCCGCCUCCACCGAUGCUCGGUCCGUCCUCUGCUCUGUGAUGCACUGGUUCCCCGUUAUGUUGUAGGAUGAGCGCCGAUCCGGAGCGCGUUUCGCUCAACACAUCGGUGAACCCGGACGGCUCGGGCGGCCGUGCGCUUUCGGCAAACGUCCGCAGGCUCCACAACGCUCUCAACCUGCUGCUGAGCGACCUGGAGAGAGCGCAGUUCAUCCACUGUCUCAAUGUGUACCACGCCAAGCGCAACGUCUUCGACCUGGUGCAAACUCUCAAAGUGAUCCUCAGCACGCCCGGCAAACGACAGCUGCUGCCCAUGCUGCGCCUGGUCAUCCCGAGGUCCGACCAGCUGCUGUUCGACCAGUACACCUCCGAGGGACUCUACCUGAAGACAGAGCUGCUCCUCCCCAGCAACGGCAACGCGGAGGGCUUUGGAGACGAGGGCGACUCAACUCUGCAGAAAUAUGUCAGUUCUAUGCACGAGCAGCCCCUCGCGCCCCCCGGCUGUCCGGAUGGCUUCAGCCCCGCCGCCGAGAUGUCCCUCCCCGUGGCCCCGCCGUUCCUCGAGGGUUCAUUUGGAGAAGUGCGCAAAGUCACCCUGACGCGCUCCAGGAGCCACGAGGGUCUGGGCUUCAGCAUCCGCGGGGGGUCGGAGCACGGAGUGGGGAUCUACGUGUCCCUCGUAGAGCCGGGCUCGUCGGCCGAGAGAGAAGGACUGCGGGUCGGGGACCAGAUAGUGACCGUGAACGACAUGAUGUUUGACAAUGUCACUCACAUAGAGGCCGUGAAGAACGUUCAUGCUGCUGUAACACCCCUCCACCUCCCCAUCUCCACCCAAUCUUCACAGAUUCAUCAGCUUCAUCAACUCAUCAUUCUACCAGCCUCAUCAUCCACCUCCACGGGGGUGCUGCUGCUCAGGGCAGACACCCCUCGAUAACAAAUC